AGGAAAAUAGUUGUGAAAACAGAGUUGUAUACUUCACUAAUUCUCUCAAUUUAUUUAUGUUUUUAAAAUGGGACUGGAUGGCAAAUAUCAUGUUCCAUUCCAUGUAUAGAUGCCUGGCCUCUCUUUUGACCAAGAAUAUAUUAUUGGCUUCCCCGGUCCCCCUAUUGCGCACAUAAGCAAAUACGUGUUGUUUCCUGCUAAGAUACGCUUUAUCGCUGUCACUGAUUCUGAGGAAGAAGACGUUUGAAAAAUGAAACUGAUGGAAAUAGAGGACAACUGGCUGUUGAAUAUACAAACAGCACAGUGUAUACAUGACUAUGAGUUCUUUUCAAUCAGCAAAAAAAUAAAAAAGAAAUUUUACCCACAUGAAUCCUCGUGAUCUCUCUCUGUCUGUAUCUUUCUUGAGCUUUUAUUCCCUUCUAUUCCUGACGUCUGGUCCUCCUUUUGGAUCAAUCUCCAUUACCCUCCAAAAACCAAUAAGAACACAUCGAGUGCCUCCAAUUUCCCCUUUUCUCUUCUUCUUCCUCACUUUUCUUUUUGUUCUCUGUUCACAUCUCCGCCAAAAACAAACAAGAACAAAGCCAACUACCUUUUCCCUCCUGUCCCUACACAAAGAUGCUCUCCCCCCCCCCAACCCUUUUCCCUACUGUGUGACUGUGUUCUCUUCCCCUCUUCGAAGCACGCGUAGCCAGAGCCCAGAAAGGAUUGGUGAUGGUGGUUUGUGGACUUUGUGGUGGUGGACAUGCUUGAUUCUCUGCGUCGUGCUUGUGUGGGGCAAGGGCAACUUGAAAUUCUGUGACCCAGAUGUUUUUAGGGCCGGGUUGCUCAUCAGUGGCAUAUGGGGCAUCAGAGGAAAUUGGGCCAUUCCGGAUAAAUAAAACCGGUUCUUCAUUGUAUCUUAACACGUAUUCAUGGAACAGAGAAGCAAAUAUUCUCUUUCUUGAAUCACCUGCUGGUGUAGGUUUCUCCUACACAAAUACAAGCUCCGACCUCAAAACUUCUGGGGACGAAAGGACAGCUCAGGAUGCUCUAAAUUUUCUAGUCAGAUGGAUGUCAAGAUUCCCACAGUAUCAGUACAGAGACUUCUACAUUUCCGGGGAGAGUUAUGCAGGGCACUAUGUUCCCCAGUUGGCUCAAAAAAUCUAUCAUUAUAAUAAAGCCAAUCCUCAGAUCAUUAAUCUCAAAGGUUUCAUUGUGGGAAAUGCUGUGACAGACAACUACUAUGAUGGGAUUGGAACUGUGACAUAUUGGUGGAGCCAUUGUAUGAUAUCUGAUAAAUCAUACAAAACUAUCCUCACACACUGCAAUUUCACGGCAGAGAAAACAUCUAAAAUAUGUGAUGAUACUGUGCGUUAUGCUAUUAACCAUGAAUUUGGACGCAUUGAUCAGUACAGUAUUUAUACCCCUACAUGCCCGACCAACAGUAGCAGUACUGUGCGGCACUUGAGGCUCAAGAGUACAAUUUUACAUAGGAUUUCAGGGUAUGAUCCAUGCACUGAAAAUUAUGCAGAGAAAUACUAUAAUCUCCCUGAAGUGCAAAAAGCAAUGCAUGCAAAUGUUACAGGCAUUCCUUACAAAUGGACUUCAUGCAGCGAUGUGCUCUUAAAAUACUGGAAUGACUCUGCAGUUUCUGUAUUGCCCAUUUACAAAGAGUUAAUUGCGGCUGGUUUGAGAGUCUGGGUUUUCAGUGGGGACACAGAUUCAGUGGUACCAGUGACUGCCACUAGAUUUUCCCUCAAUAGUCUCAACCUCAAGAUUAAUACUCGUUGGUAUCCAUGGUACUCUGGUGGACGGGUAGGUGGAUGGACAGAGGUCUAUGAUGGCCUAACUUUUGCAGUAGUACGAGGAGCAGGGCAUGAAGUGCCAUUGUUUCAGCCGAGAAGAGCUUUCACUCUGUUCAAGUCCUUCUUGGAAGGAAAGAAGCUUCCAACAUCUUGACGUGUUGCUCAUGAAAUUAUUAAAUUAAUGGUUUUUUUUUAUUAAAUGGCUUUGCCUGGUAGAAAACAGCAGUCAUUGAUUCAAAUUGAUGUCAAUUUGUAAACAAAAGGAUAUUUGUGAUGCUAAAAUAGUGGUUGGCAAUGGCAACUGCAAGGAAAUUAGAGUUCAAGAAA